GACUGGCUGUAGAUUGGAGGGCCAGGUGAGUCUUGGUAGAUGUGGCACCUGGACUUUGGCAGUCUCCACGAGGAGAGGAGACACUCUUGGGCCAGGUUCCUGGGACCGCGCUGAAGGAAGGUGGCAAGGCGUCAGAGCAGGAAGAUAAAAUAACUACACAACUGACUAAAAAAGAGAGAUAUUCAGAAGGUCAGGGAUGGAGCCCUGGAUUCCCCAGCUGCCACCGCAGCCCCGGGGGAGGCCCCCAGCCCCAUCCCAGGGUCCAGACCGAGGCCUUCGGAGAGAUGGAUAUCAUCAGCCUGUUCCUCACUCUUGGCACAAGGGAGAGAGGUUCCGUCAAUGGCAAGACACCAGAAGGAGCUCCCAGCCACAGCAGGACCCCAAGGCAGACCACCAGCAGCCUCAUUACGUACCCAGGCCCGGGGAAUGGCAUCAGCCGGUGCCCGGGGUGGACUAUUACGAAGGGGGUUAUCACCCUCACUUGUAUUCAAGGCCAGGCAUUGAUGAUCCAUACCAGAGGUAUCACUCUCCAAGGGAAGAAUAUCCAUAUGGAAGUUAUUACUACCCUAGGCACCCACAGCAGCAACCAGAAGAAAGAGUGCCAAGGCAAGGGAGUCCUUAUAUCCGGCAUGAAGACUAUCGAGAUCAAAAGUACCUCAAUGAACAUCAUCAUGAAAACCGGAAUAGUCCAUUUCGAGCAAACAGUGAGACCCAGUUCCAAUCUCAGAGUGGGAACCCUUAUAGAGACAGCCCUGCUUCUAACUCUGGACAGGAGUGGCCUGGGGACCUGCUUCCGGAGAGUCUGCUAACUGGGGCCCAGAAGAAUAAGCCACCACUGCCCCAGGAGUCCAACCUGCUUGAGCAGCAUGAGUCUGGCCUCAGCUCCAGUGGCUAUGAGCUCAGUCAAUACAUGGCAGAUGCCUCCGAGCCUUAUGUCCCCACGGCUUCAACAGUUUGGAGACCAGUGAAGGCUGAGGCUGACUUGGCAGCUGAUCCCAAGGCACCCAUGAAGUUCUACGUCCCUCAUGUGCCUGCGAGUUUUGGGCCAGGAGGUCAGUUGGUGUGUGUGUGUCCCAACUUCCCCAGUGACGGGCAGACGGCCCUUGUUGAACUGCACAGCAUGGAGGUUAUUCUUAAUGAUUCUGAGGAACAAGAAGAGAUGAGAACUUUCUCAGGACCCCUGAUCAGGGAAGAUGUCCACAAGGUGGACAUCAUGACCUUUUGCCAGCAGAAAGCAGCUCAGAGCCGCAAAUCAGAGACACCCGAGAGCAGAGAUGCAGCUCUACUAUGGCAACUGUUGGUUCUGCUUUGUCGACAGAAUGGGUCCAUGGUGGGGUCUGACAUUGCGGAGCUGCUGAUGCAAGACUGCAAGAAGCUGGGGAAGUACAAGAGGCAGCCGCCCGUGGCCAACCUCAUCAACCUGACCGAUGACGACUUGCCAGUGCUCAGCUCAGGGACCCCAAACCUGCUCACUGGGGAGAUCCCCCCCAGUGUGGAGACACCCGCCCAGAUCGUGGAGAAAUUCACUAAGCUGCUCUACUACGGAAGGAAGAAGGAAGCCUUGGAGUGGGCCAUGAAGAACCAUUUAUGGGGCCAUGCUUUGUUCCUGUCCAGCAAAAUGGACGCCAGGACUUACAACUGGGUCAUGAGUGGUUUCACAAGCACACUGGCGCUCAAUGACCCACUGCAGACCCUCUUCCAGCUCAUGUCGGGGAGGAUCCCACAAGCAGCCACGUGUUGUGGGGACAAGCAGUGGGGAGACUGGAGGCCUCACUUGGCUGUGAUUCUGUCGAAUCAGGGUGGGGACCCGGAGCUGCAUCAGCGUGCGAUCGUCACCAUGGGGGACACCCUGGCUGGGAAGGGGCUGGUGGAGGCAGCUCACUUCUGCUACCUCAUGGCUCACGUGCCCUUCGGCUACUACACGGUGAAGACAGACCAUCUGGCCCUGCUGGGCAGCAGCCACAGUCAAGAGUUUUUGAAAUUUGCAACCACUGAGGCUAUCCAGAGGACGGAAAUCUUCGAGUACUGCCAGAUGCUGGGCCGCCCCCAGUCCUUCAUCCCUUCUUUCCAGGUAUAUAAACUCCUUUAUGCUUCCCGGCUGGCAGACUAUGGCCUUGCGUCCCAGGCCUUGCAUUACUGUGAAGCUGUUGGCACGGCCCUCCUCAGCCAGGGAGAGAGCAUUCACCCUGUGUUGUUGGUGGAACUCAUCAAGCUAGCAGAGAAGCUGAAGCUGGCGGAUCCUCUGGUGCUAGAGAGACGCCGCGGAGGGAGGGACCUGGAGCCGGACUGGCUCAUGCGCCUCCGGAAGCGGCACCAGGAGCUGGAGCAAAAGGCAUCAAGAGACACUGGGAACCCCCAUUCUGCUCACCCAGACGUUUCAGGAGCCCAAGGAACAACAGGAAACACUUUCUACCAGGAUUUUUCAGGACGUCAAGAUGACUCAGAAGCCACUGGGGACCCCUCUGCCCUGUGCCCUCCAGUGGAGCCAAGGGGCCCCACCUGGCCCAGCCCACAGCAGCCCUUGCCCCUCCAGCCAGGCUCCUACCCAGCGGGAGGAGAUUUGGGACAGACGGGGGUUCCGGUGCCUCUUUACUCGGUUCCUGAGACCCGUCUGCCAGGGAUCAGUGGCAGCACGGCAGUGGCAGAGGCUCCUGGAGGAAGGCCCUGGGCAGAAACCCAGCAGCCACGCCCGCCCCCUGGAGAGAACACAGUGUCCCAAGAAACCUUCCAGCAUCCUGAUGGUCAAAAGGUAGUUUCCAAACCGCAGGGGCCACUGAUCCUCAGAGCUCAAAAUAUUUCCGAGAAUUCCACUGUUUCAGCCAAAGAGGAGGAGGAGGAGUCCUCGGAUGAGACAGAUAAAAAGUCUUCCUCAGACCAUGCACAGAGAGAAAAGAGCUCAGGCUUUGGCUGGUUCAGCUGGUUUCGCUCCAAGCCCUCCCACAGCACCCCCCCCUCUGGGGACGAAGACUCCUCUGACAGCACCGACUCAGAGGAGACCCCGAGAGCAUCUUCUCCCGCUAAGGCUGGCUCCAGCCUCUCAUUGGAGCCCCCGUCUCUACCGGGCCCUGGCACCUUCUCCAUGGGCACAGGUGGGGGUGAAGUCCAAGGACCAGAAUCCGGUGGGGGAACCGCUGAGAUCGCUGGGAAUGGAGGCUUGCCUGGGCUCCAGGGUGUUUCCUCUGAGCCCUACUUCAACCCUGGUGCGCUGCUUCCCCCAACCCCUUUGAAAGGUGCUGUUCCUCUCUACAACCCAUCUCAGGUCCCCCAGCUCCCCACGGCUGCUAGCCUGAACCGGCCAAACCGUCUAGCUCAGCGUCGCUAUCCAACCCAGCCAUGAUGACCAACCCAGGCCCGUCUCCCUGGAGCACAUUUAUGUUGUUUUCCCUUCUUAAUCUCCCAGCCCCUCUGCUGGAUUGAGGCCCCCAGCAGGGCUGUGCUAGCCUAUUGUCUCCACUGGGCAUGGAGAAGGCAAAGGGGCAGGACACAGCUCAGUCCAGUUUCUUAAGAUCAGCUUCACAAGAUGGAAAUGACUUCAUCACAUGGGAAAGCUGGGCAUGGGAGCAGAUUG